AUGGUACCAUCUUUAGUGCGAUUACUUUAUUGGGCCGGUUACAAUGGGAUGUGCAACAAGUCUUUUAUACUCGACAAGCUCCUAAAUAAACUAGAAGAAAGCGAACCAGAGCUCGCGACAUGCCCCGAGGAAGAAUGCGUGAUUUGCAUCAACGCCAAGGCGACGAUGCAAACUGCACCCUGCGGUCACCAGGUGGUCUGUCGAAAAUGCUUCGUUAAAACAAUUCAAAUCGCGGUCUCUCAGCGUCUCCUACCGUUGCGAUGCGUUAUCUGUCGCGCGAAAAUUCUUAGGCUUAAGACCGGUCCCAUUCUUCCAACCUCAGCGAGCGGAUACUCAGUCAAUUCGCGUUCAUCUUCCGUUCCUCAGUCCGACAGCUUGUACAGCGUAAGCAGUGGAGGUUCAUCGGUAUCGUCCAGUUCGUGUGCUUCCGAUAGUAGCGGUUCGUGCUGCGGCGGUCACUGUUUGGGCGCGUACCCGAGGCAGCCCAUAACGGGCGCGCUGAGACGAUCCCAGCAGCACGCCAUGAAAAUCAAGCUUCAGGAGUACUGCCAUCCGGAACGAAGCAAUAUCAAUAGACUUCCGCCGAUAAAGGAGUCGCCCUAUUCUGGCAGCCCGUGUCAUAGCAGCGCACCACCUUCAACUCGAAUCAGAUGCGCUCAAAAAAUCGUGACCCAGCUCGAAACCGUUCCAAUACUGGGAAAAAAGAGAGAUUACAAAUACGAGAAACUACCGCAAGAAGACGACGAGGAGGAAAAAUCCGACUACGAUUGCAAGGACAAGGAGAGGAAGUGGUGGACGGAGAGGAGAUGGAAAGAAAGAAGUAAAAGCGAAGAGAGGAACGAUAACAAAAAGAACGAACUCGCCGAAAAACAAAUGGAACUGAAAGAGAAGCAGAGAAAGAUACGUUUCUCCCUUGACGAUUUGAAAGCAGACAAAAAGGUCAAGUAAAUGCCAAAGCGACUUAAACCUAAAGAUGACUACCUACCUCCUGGGUCUGCUAGAAGUUUCUGAGAACAACCUGUAAUCAAAUUUUCGACGGUACAAUUAUAUGUUUAGAAUAGAGGGAGACUAAUAGACGAAAAGAACAUAAUCUUCCUGGGUUAAAUCUAGUCAAUGUUUUAGGUCAAUUGUUUUUUCUAGUUCGUGUUGUAAGCGCUCAUUCUAAUGACGUUCUAACGUGGCCCGUUCAAUCGCACCACCCUGUACGGAUUCGAAAUCAAAAUAGCUAACAUAUCGACUUACUUCGCCCGUUUAAGACGAAGUGGAGCAAAACUGUUGUUUUUCCUUUUAGACGUCAGUAGACAGGGUGGUCAUAAAUUAUUGGCAAUAAAUAAAAAUCAAAUAAUCGUAGGUGAAUAUUUAGACAUAUAUUUUAAUGCUGGUUAUGCGGCCCUGUAUCAUAGGAGUUUAGUUUUGUAUACGUAAUAGUCGCGUUGUCAAAUUACAUGUAAUAAACUUGUACAGGGUGUUUGAAAUUACAAGGGUACUGACGUGAGUAAUAAUUGUAAAGGAUAAUAGCGUAAGACUAAUAAUACGAGCAAAUAAUUUUAAUCAUCCUGUAUUUAUUUGGAAUCAUCUUAUGAAAAUAAAAUUGUUACUCAUU